UUGAGAAGAACCUCAUGGAGCUGUUUGAGAAAUGUCCAAACUGUCGCCGUGCAGCCGAGGUGAAGACUUUCAGACGGGGAACUUUUUUAUCCGUUGACCAAAGAUGCCACCACUGCAAUUUCAUCAAGCACUGGGAAAGCCAGCCAUUGAUGGGGAGCUCACCUGUAGGCAACCUCCAAUUGUCAGCAGCUGUAUACUGCACAGGAUCAUCUUUUAAUCAAGUGCAAAAGGUCUUUAAAGCCAUGCGGCUGCGAAACAUAAGCUACUCUUCAUUCCGUAGACAUGCAACCCGUUACAUUGAGCCAGCUGUAAUACACAAAUGGCACCAGUAUCAAGAUGGUGAAUUGGAGUCCCUAAGGCACCAAAAACUGAAGCUUGGGGGUGACAUGAGAGCAGAUUCACCAGGACACUGUGCAAAAUACGGCACGUACAGUUUGAUGAAUAUGGAAAACAACAAAAUCAUUGCUCUUCAGUUGGUUCAGAGCAAUGAGGUUGGCGGGAGUCACAACAUGGAGAAAGAAGGACUUAUAAGAGGCUUGCAGUUGUUGGACUCCAAGGGCAUGACUGUUGAUUACAUCGUCACCGACCGCCACCCACAGAUUCAGAAGUUCUUGCGGGAAAAGAAAAUAACGCACUACUUUGAUGUCUGGCAUUUGGAAAAAGGUCUAUCCAAGAAAGUUAGCAAGGUGGCCAAGGAGAAAGACUGCGAGGUGAUCCAAAAGUGGCAACGAGGAAUCAGCAACCAUGUCUACUGGUGCGCAACAUCCUCAACUUAG